CAACAAGCAGAGCGAGCAGACGUCUAAUGUCUAUUCAUGUAGACAUUGUAAGGGUUUAUUUGCUUGGUGUUGAUGUAAAGAAAUAGAGUUGGCUGCGGUGUGUUUUAGAUUUCUUCUUAAAUCUAAGAUCAUUUAGUUGUCAAAUGCAAAAUUUAUUAGAUAAAGUUAUCUAUUGAUAGUAACCAUAUUACAUCCUUUGGAAUCAGGAUUCCAUCAUGUCACACAGGGGGAGGAGUAGAGGUCGUGGAUUUGGGAGAGGAAAAUAUUAUGAGUCUAGCGGGUCAGAACAUUCUUAUCAAUAUGGCAGAGGGUGCAGAGGAAGAGGCAGUUAUUACAUGCAAAAUCAACCACAGAGCUAUUUGUCACCACACUCUGAAUCUUGCAGUUCCAAUGUGGACACCAGGCAUAACUCCAUCCAGAGAUCUGUAUCACCACAGCCUAUAAUCACACCUCAGCCCAAAUUAGAUUUUCAAACUCAAACUUUUCUGGAUGGUCUUCGCAGAGUGUGGAAUUUAUUGAUUUCUGAUUUGCCAUUGCUAAGUGGUGAUGGUUUGGGACUUCUUCUUCUCCUUCUUUUGUCCUCUUUGUUUGGAAGGAACAUUGCCUGCGUAGAUGAAAUAAUAUGGAAGAAGAGUGAAAAUGUAUCAAGAAUGCUCCAAGAGUAUUUGUCAUCAGUUGUUGACCCGUACGAGUCUGCUUUCAACGUAGCUGUCAACUGUCCUGACUUUUAUCAAGGAAAACCCAAUUCACUGCCAGUUGCAGUAAUUGAAGAAUUAGCUACGUAUUUGAAAAAUAAAAAAGGAGAAUAUGCUUCGUGCCUUACUCAUAGUAUAAAACUUGAAAUUUUUAACACAUUCACUAAGCAAAGGAACGGUUUCCUCACUAAACUCGCAUUUGACGUGUACGAACUACAAGCUGACAAAAAUAUGUUUAUUCAACAAGUUCAAGACUUCAUAAAAAACCAACAGUACAAAGAAGCUUGUCAGUCAGCCACAUAUCUUGGACUCGAUCACUUCCAUAUUGAGGACUUUGUGAUACCGCUUCUGUUUCAAGACAAGUUGACUAUAGCAGAAGACUACCUGAGGAUUAGUCCACCCGCCCAAGUAGCAACGGCGGAAUACCUGGACCGGUUGCUUCAGGGAAAAUUUGGUGUUAAUAUUGAAGAUACUAUUAGACGGCUUAAUGUUCCAGAACUAAAGAGGGAAAAGCUGCAGUACAAGCCUAUGUCUAAACUGCUAACCAGGUUUUUGAAAAUUUACAACCUCCCUCCCAGCAGCUGUCCUAAUUUAACUCAAAAAAGAAGAGAAGGAGCUUUACAGUUUGUGAUCCGUAAACAUUACAAAUACAACGAGAUUGAUGGUGAGUGCUGGAGAGAAAUGGCAACAGAAGCUGCAUCUGGGGAUCCAUUCCUAGAGGAGGAAUUGGUUCAGUUGGUCAACUUGCAUGGUGAUAUAGUAGAAGCAGCCUACUUUGCUGAAAAGUUUAGAAUCCCAUUCAACAAACUGCCUUAUAAUGUUGCCACAUACCUGAGGACUGGUUACACAAUGGAUGAAGAGGGGGAUUUCUCACCACCUCGAGUGAUGAAACAAGAACAGUUCAAAUCAAAACAUGUGAUGAAACUACCAGCUGAUCACGUAGUGACGAUGGUGGGCAGUGAUGACGAGCUGUGGCGAUGCUCAGAAGUGGUGGGCCAGAGUGUAAUGGUGGGCCUGGACGCUGAAUGGAAGCCAGCAUUCUGUGCUGAGUCUGAGACUCUGUCACUUCUGCAGAUAUCCACACAGCAUGAAACGUUUCUCAUUGAUGUAAUUGCGACACAGAGCAGCCCUGUGUGGAGAGAUGUUACCAGGGUCCUCUUCGCUAAUACAGAAAUUUUAAAGUUAGGAUUUGGACUGACAGCAGAUCUAAUUAAACUGAAAGAAAGCUUAAUUUUAAAUGAUACUAAACUGACUGGAAUGGGAUAUCUGGACUUGAAUCUCCUAUGGAAGAAACUAAUGAGAGAAUUUAAUGUGACUCUACCCUACAAAGGUAAAGAAAGAGAUGGCGUGGAAGGUCUAUCAAAAUUAGUCUCUUUGUGCUUGGGUAAACCAUUGGAUAAAUCUGAACAGUUCUCCAAUUGGGAUAGAAGGCCUUUACGAGAGGCCCAAAAGUUAUAUGCAGCUUUGGAUGCAUAUUGUCUUCUCAAAGUCUAUGAAGUAUUAUGUACAGAGUGUACAAACCAAGGUGUCCCAUUCCUAGAUGUUUGUCAUGACAUUAUGUUAGCAAAUGCAAAUAGUACAAAGAAACCAAAGAAGAAAAAGAAUCCACAUAAGGUGGAGCACGUGGAGUUACUGCCUCCUAUAAACCGAGAGCCGAUAAAGGCGAAGGAGCUGAGCGUGGUGUGUGACACAAUGCUGCAGGGACUUGGGCUUCAUCUACGCUCGGUGGGGGUGGAUGUAGAGAUACUUAAGAACACACAGAACCACAAUGUGUGUGUUGCUUUGUGCCAUCAGGAUAACAGGGUCAUACUGACUAAGGGCAGUGUCUACAACAGGCUGUACCAGCAAGUACCACAAGGAAUGUGUUACCGGGUACAGAAAGUGACAGCGAAAGAUCAACUAGUAGAAGUUCUCAACUACUACAAUGUCAUAGUUACCAAGGAUGACAUCUUUAGUAGAUGCCAGGAUUGCAACAAUGCAGUGUUCAAGAAACUGAGUCCGGCAGAGCUGAGGAAAGUGAUCGAUUCUACUCACACAACAAAGCGUAUGUCUAACUAUGACUUAGACCUGGCUGAAGAUGAGUAUGAUGACUAUGUUGACUACGGAGAGUUCUCGGAUGGCAGUGGAUACUCAGAUGAAGACCUGCCAGCUCCUCCUAUUAUCUCGGGGCCUCCGAGGUCUUUCCCUGAAGAGGUCUCUGCAUCUGCUGUAGUAGAGAAAAAGGAGGAGGAGGAAGAAGAGGAAGAGGAGCCAUACGGAUAUGGUUGUGUAACAACCUCUGGGGCUCAUAUCAAACACGAAAGUAUACCAAAAGAAGUGUUCAACAAAGUACCUGUAUUUUACAUCUGUGACUCUUGUGGCCAUUGCUACUGGGACGGCAGCCACUUGGAACGCAUUCUGGGAGGCAGGCUUAAACAUAUAGUUACAAAAUAAUUUCUGCUCAUAUCUUAUCACCGUAAUGAUCUUUCAAGGGAUCGAUUGUUCACUUAGUCUUUCUUCUUUUAGAUAUGACAAUAUAGACUGUAUUAAUCAUGAUACAUCUCCUGCUGUAUAUGAUUACUUAUAAAUAAUAUUCUUUUAUUAUAUUUUUAUAUAUUAUGUUUGUAUAAUGAGGUUACCAUUGGGAAUACAAAGGAAGUGGUGUGAUCUGUUUUUAACAUUGUUUUUUACGUCAUUAUUUCAUGAUGAAUUAUGAGUAAAUGUCCUGUGAUUACUUUCGUUAUACAAUUAAAACAUAAAACUAAUAAACAUACUACAAAUUUA